CUCGAACCCCCAAUCACACGGGUCACACGCGCACACUCUCUCCCUCUCUCUAUCUCCCUCUCUCUAUCUCUCUCUCUCUCUCUCUCUCUCUCUCUCUCACUGGUGGCUUUCUUUUUGUUGCUAUGAUCAGACAAACGAACCACAUCUGGUUCAACAUCCGAACAAGAAAGAAUUUGAGAAGAGAUACAAGGAAAAUGGCGAGGGAGAAGAUAAAGAUAAAGAAGAUAGACAACUUGACGGCGAGGCAGGUGACAUUCUCGAAGAGGAGAAGAGGGCUGAUGAAGAAGGCUCAGGAGCUCUCCGUGCUGUGUGACGCUGACGUGUCCCUCAUCAUCUUCUCAGCCACUGGCAAGCUCUAUGAUUUCUCCAGCUCCAGUAUGGAGGAUACACUAACAAGCUAUGUUCUCCACUCCAAUAACGUUGAGAAACCGGUCCAACCAUGUCUUAAACUCCAGAUGGAGAACUACAAUCACGAAGUGUUGCGCAAGAAAGUGAGCGAUGAGUUUCACAAACUGAGGCAGAUCAAGGGAGAGUAUCUGGAGGGGUUAAACAUGAAGGAAUUGGGACAAUUAGAGAAGAAACUCGAGGCGGCACUGAGCCUCGUGAUCAAGACUGAGGAGGAGCGAGCAUUAAGCGAGAUCCACAAACUGCAGAGAAAGGAAGCACGGUGGAUCAAAUUGAACAAGCAACUGAAACAGGAAAUGAAGAUGAUGAAUUUACGUCGAGGGAAAUCGCGGACCGUGGACUCGGAGGGUGAUAAUGCGGUUCUAGAGGCCAAAGGCAUGCCGUUGGAGUCGGUUAACAACGUUUCCAUGAGCAGCAAUAGCGUUCCUCCUGUGGAUGAUGAUAGCUCUCAUCCCUGAAGUUUGGCUGGGCUUCCUUACCGAAGCUCAAGUCUCAGACAGCCUACUGGUACAUCUUGUCAUAGCAAACAAUAAAGGAUUAGAAGCCCGUGAUCUCAAUAACAGCGAAGCCUGUGAUUUCAAAUAGUUAUGAUUGAAUUAGCGCUUCAAGAAAAAAAGUUAAUUAGUGCAUAUAGCUAGUUGAUUAUUCAACUUCUUAUAUAGGUGGAACUCUUAUAACGAUAUUCUAUCUUUCUAUUUUCUUGCUCGGUUGCCCUA